AUGUCGCUCCGAUCUCCGCGGCCGACAAGCUUCCGCUUAUGGAAACGAGCUCUGCAAAUACAACACCCUGGUGUGAGAUUCCUGAAUACGGUCCCGAAAUGCCCGGCGCCGACGUGCGAAUGCGCCGAGACGCCCGUCAUGCCGGAUGGCUUGGAGAUUGACCAUAAGGGCAAGCUCAAUGGCCUCAUAACUAGCUACGCCGAACAGGUCUUGAUCUGCACCGGCAAUGCCGACUGGCCCUCGCGCAUUGAGGAAGACAACAGCGGUGACAACCUCGCUGCCGACCUCAAGGAGCUCAUCGGCCGGGGCGGAGUUUACAGCGAUCCGUUCCACAACAUCUCUGUUCUCAACUCGUCAUUUCCGUCGUCCAUCUCGAAGCGUCCGGAAGUCCAGACGACAUCCGCCUACCUCCUCCCCAGCUUCAAAUAUAUCCCCUUCCUGCCCCGGGUCUCUUUUGACUCGGUGCAAGCCCUCGUCAAGGGCUUUCUGCUCCCCGAGAAGCUACACCCUAUGAACGAGGGUCUGUCGCCCAUACACAAGGAUCGCUUGACCAGGAAAGAGGCAUACCAGCACUUGCUUUACGGGGUGCGCGACGUGCAGGACGUACUUGUGCUUAUCUGUGGUCACGGUGGGCGGGAUAUGCGAUGCGGCGUCAUGGGACCCGUCUUACAGCAGGAGUUCGAGGCCAAAUUGCCCAAGGCCGGCUUCGAAGUUCUGAAGGGCCCUCUCCUAGACGAAAGUGUGUCCGCUCCAGCCUUAUCCGGUACCACUGGCGAAGCCCCCUCUACUGCUCGCGUGGGCCUGAUUAGCCACAUAGGUGGCCACAAAUUCGCGGGUAACAUCAUAAUAUAUGUGCCCCCACGGCUGAACACGAAAGAUAACAGUCCACAUCCCUUGGCGGGACACGGGAUUUGGUAUGGAAGAGUAGAGCCGAAGCACGUUGAAGGCCUGAUAGAGGAGACAAUUGUGAAGGGGACCAUUGUUUCAGAUCACUUUCGAGGCGCCAUCAAGCAGAAUGGUGAGAUCGUCAGAUUAUAG